UUAAUAGCCACUUUUUGACACCUGACCUAGAAUCUUCUGCAAAUGUUUUUCGUAAUAUGAGUAUAUAAGACGAAACUAAAAUCAAAAAUUGUAUCAGUUGCUUCAGUCUACAGUACUACAACUACAAUUUAUCAAUAUGGUUUCAAAAAUUAUCGUUCUCGCCGCCAUUUUGGCUUAUGCUCACGCUGGAGUACUAUCUGGCAGCCCCGUUAUCUCAGCAUAUUCUUCACCACUCGUAUCACAAACAGUUGUGCCUUCACCCAUUGUAUCAUCACCACUCAUUGCUAGAUCUUUACCGAUUGGACUAGCAGCUCCAGCUCCUCUGCUCACCAGAAGCUUAGGACCAGUUGUCUCUUCACCACUACUUGCACCUUCAGUUGGACCUGUUCUUUCUGCUCCUCUACUCACUAGAAGCGUAGGACCAAUUGUCUCUUCACCACUACUUGCACCUUCAGUUGGACCUGUAAUUUCUGCUUACUCUGCUGCUCCAUGGGGAGGCAUUGCUCCAUUAUCAGCUCCCUUAGCUGCACCAUUAUCAGCUCCAGUAGCUGCACCAUGGGCGGCUCCAUGGUAGACGACUUAAGAUAAAGUUAUCAAUGUACUGCUAUUAUUUAUUUUAAAAUAUAUUUCUGCAAACAA